AUGUGCGGAAGAUAUGCAUUGGCUCUCCGGCCGUCCCAAAUCCGUCAGAUGCUCCAGGAAGACGGACUAGAAAUUGAUGAUGCACCGGAGGAUACCGGGGAUGGUGCCCCUCGAAGCAGCUAUAACUUUGCCCCAGGAUAUCACGGUAUCGUUUACCGCGCUAGCACAUCAGAUCACAACACUACACGAGAAGAUGAACAAAGUGAGAAGCAGAACGACGCCACCCAGGAUACCAAGGACUCAAAAGACCAUAUCAAGCACAAGCUCCAGUCAAUGAAAUGGGGUCUUAUCCCUUCGUGGACAAGAAGGAAACCAGACUAUGGUUCCAUGCUAAAGACCAUCAACUGCCGUGAUGACUCCCUCAGCUCACCUGGAGGAAUGUGGGCCAGCAUGAAGACUCGCAAAAGAUGCAUCGUGAUUGCUCAAGGAUUUUAUGAGUGGCUCAAGAAUGGAAAGGAGAGGUUGCCUUACUACGUGAAACGAAAGGACGGACAUUUGCUGUGCUUUGCUGGCCUUUGGGACCGCGUACAUUUUGAAGGGACGGGAGAAACAUUAUACUCGUACACAAUCAUCACCACAAGCACCAACUCAGAACUCAAAUUUCUUCACGAUCGUAUGCCUGUGAUCUUUGAUCCUAAUUCAUCGAGUAUCGCGAAAUGGCUUGACCCAUCCCGAAAACAGUGGUCCGAUGAAAUGCAAGGACUUCUGAAGCCGUUCGAAGGAGACCUGGAUAUUUAUCGAGUUACUCAAGAUGUUGGUAAAGUCGGCAAUAACUCACCCACCUUCAUCGUCCCAUUAGACAGUAAGGCGAACAAGUCCAACAUAAUGAAUUUCUUCAAUAGUGACUACCAAGGGAAUCAGAAGCCAUUACAGCCAGCGACGGAUAAAAGGGCUCAAGCUUUCAAAGAAGAGAAGAGACCUAGCACGACCGUUCAAAAAGAUACGCGAUUGGGAUUGGGUGCUGAAGGAUCGACGGCUAUAAAACGAAAGGCUGAAGAGAGUCCUAGUCCCUAUAAUAUACCAGAGGGCAAUCCAAAGCGUCAACAUAGAGACCAU